AUGGCAGAAAAUCGAAAAGUGUUAUUUGUAAAGCUGAAAUUGAAGGAUACUGCACUUCAAUGGUGGAAGAGAGUUGAAGAGCAACGUGCACGACAAGGUAAGCUUAAAAUCAGCACUUGGGAGCACAUGAAAAGCAAAUUACGAAAGCAAUUUUUACCUGUUGAUUAUACUAUGGAAUUAUAUGAAAAAUUUCAUUGUUUGAAGCAAAAUAACAUGACCGUUGAGGAGUAUACAUCGGAAUUCAAUAACUUAUCAAUUCGGGUUGGGUUAGCUGAGAGUAACAAACAAAUUACUUCUCGUUAUCUUACUGGUUUAAAUCAUUUUAUUAGAGACGAUAUGGGAGUAGUUCGUUUAUACAACAUUGAAGAUGCUCGUCAAUAUGCUCUAUCAGCAGAAAAACAGGUUUUACGCUAUGGUGCUAGAAAGCCCUUAUAUGGCACCCAUUGGCAAAAUAAUUCUAAAGCAAGACGAGGUUACCCAACAUCCCAACAAAAUUAUCAAGGGGCUGCCACAAUCAAUAAAACUAAUAGAGGUGCAGCCAAUGUUGAAAAGAAUGAUAAAGGCAAGGGUAUAAUGCUUUAUGGAGGACAAAACAGUUUUGGUUCUACAAAUAAAGGAGGCAGCAAUUCCCAUAUUCGAUGCUUUACUUGUGGGGAGAAGGGAUACACUUCUUUUGCUUGCCCACAACGAAGGGUGAACUUAGCAGAAUUAGGGGAAGAGUUAGAGCCUGUUUAUGAUGAUUAUGAGGAGGAGGUAGAGGAAAUCGAUGUUUAUCCUGCACAAGGUGAGUCAUUAGUGGUACGAAGAGUAAUGACAACAACAGUAAAUGAGGAAGCAGAAGAUUGGAAGAGGCUAAGUAUUUUUCGCACACGAGUUGUUUGUGAAUGUAAAGUGUGUGAUCUUGUCAUUGAUGGAGGAAACAUGGAAAAUAUUAUUUCAAAAGAGGCAAUAGACAAAUUGAAGCUUCCUACAAGCAAACAUCCUCAUCCUUACAAAAUUAGAUGA